UUUCACGCGAGUCAACAUUUCUUGCUCGUGACAAUACAGGAAGAGACCCACCGGCGUCCGUCUUCUAGUUCUACGACGUACACACAUAUAUAUUUAUCCAAUUCCCAUUUGAGGAAUCAUACCUUUGCAUCGCUCUCUGGAGGGUCGAGCGGGAGCCCGUUGGACGCUUCGGGAAGAUGCAUUCCACCAGAUAUGGUGUACGUGACGGUCACAAUGGCCACGACGAGCGUGUUGACUUCUUAACCAGCACCGAGAAGGUUUCCUCAAAGCGGAAAUACGGCAUCCUGAUCGGGCUCCUUGUGGCGCUCCUCAUCGUCGCGGCCGUUGUAGCCGUCCUCGUUUGGUUGUUUGUCUUUAAAGAUGCUGAUUCAAUGGCCACUCUAAAAAGACACCAGAUCCCUUCAACGCAGCUCUUCAGUGGGCAUAUGAAGCUGGUUGAUGUGCCGUACAAAGAGCAGCUGGAGUAUACCGACAGCAAGGAAUUUGCGGAUUUGGCAGACAAUCUGGAGGCAAUUCUUAAAGAAACCUACAAGAGAGAUCCACUCCUCGAAAAAUAUUACACCAAGUCUGUGGUCACUGCAUUCAGUGAGGGUGUGAUAGCCUACUAUUGGUCCCAGUUUGAUAUUCCAGUCGAAGACCUGUCGGUGGUGCCCCAGUUCUCGGAGGACCGCGUGUUGGAGACCCUGGAGAACGGCCUAAAGAUGCAGCGCAGCAUGGCGAGCACCGGUAGUAUCCAGAUCCGUGAGGUCACUGCCUCAUAUACGGAUCCACGCAUGGCCAGGAACCCCAGAGACACUGGCGAGUGUUUCUACCGUCUGGAGGCAACGGCAAAGACAAACACGUUUCUCUCACCUGGGUACCCUGAAGGCUACCCCCCCUGGUCUCGGUGUCAGUGGCAGAUCCGAGCUUCGGAGGACCAGGCCGUGUUUGUCUCUUUCCCUUUUUUCGACAUCGAGGAUGACUGCGCCAACGAUUUUGUCGCCAUCUUUGACUCUUUAAGUCCAGAUGACUCUCAGGCAAUCACAGCAAAGUGUGGUAAGAGACCCCCCUCCAAUCCUCUGGCGGUGCUGUCAUCCGGCAACAUUAUGCUGAUUAAUUUCAUUACUAAAGCCAAUCACCAGAGGAGUGGCUUCGAGGCCACUUAUUCAGCCAUCCCAAUGUCUCAAGUUCAAACCUGUGGCGGUGUCCUCUCUGGUGUAGAAGGAACCUUCUCCUCCCCACUUUACCCCAGCUUCUAUCCUCCUGCAGUGGAUUGCAAGUGGACCAUCAAGGUCCCUGCAGGGAAAGAGGUCCGCCUGAAGUUCACCAUGUUCCGCAUGAAAGAGCCCAGAGUGGACAUCAGUGUGUGUCACAAAGACUACGUGGAGGUUAUGGGCACCAAGUAUUGUGGAGAACUGUCCUCUUUGGUUCUGACCAGCACCAACAGCAUCCUCGACGUGAUCUUCCACUCUGACGAGUCCUUCACUGACAAAGGCUUCAGUUGCAUCUACAGCGCCUACGAUCCUGCAAACCCUUGCCCCAACAAAUUUGCAUGCGCCAGUGGCCUCUGCAUCAAGAAAGAACUGCACUGCGAUGGCUGGAACGACUGUGGCGAUUUGAGUGACGAAACGAAGUGCAAUUGUGAUGCAGAUCAGUAUUCAUGUGCCAAUGGUCUGUGUAAACCCAAACUCUGGGUGUGCGAUCGCGUCGACGACUGCGGAGAUGGGAGCGAUGAGAAAAGCUGCAGUUGUGGGAAGAACGAGUGGCGCUGUGGUGACGGGGUCUGCAUGCCUCAGGAUGUUAUUUGUGACAAGAAGAUAGACUGUCAAGAUGGAAGCGACGAGGCCGCUUGUGAAGAUUCUCAAGGCGUCUGUUCUGACUUCAACUUCAAGUGUAAGAAUGCAGAAUGUGUCAACAAGCUGAAUGCCGAAUGCGACCGUGUUAAAGACUGCUCUGAUAACUCCGAUGAGGACAACUGUGGCUGUGGCACAAGGCCCUAUAAGCUGAACCGCAUCGUGGGAGGGCAGAAUGCUGAGCUGGGCGAGUGGCCGUGGCAGGUCAGCCUUCACUUUAAGACCAUGGGACAUGUGUGCGGUGCCUCGAUCAUAUCUGAUAAGUGGCUCCUUUCGGCCUCCCACUGCUUUAUCACCAGCGACAACGAUCACCUCGUUCCAUCGAACUGGCAAACCUACAGCGGCAUGCAGGACCAGUACAAGCUGGAUGACAUACAGCUCCGAUUAGUACAGAGGAUCAUCACCCACCCGGAUUACAACCAGAUGACCUUUGACUAUGAUGUUUCACUGCUGGAGCUCAGCAAACCGCUGGAGUUCACCAACACCAUCCAACCCAUCUGCCUACCCUCUCCGUCCCACGUCUUUCCUCCGGGCAUGACCUGCUGGGUCACAGGCUGGGGCGCGCUCCGAGAAGGAGGUUCAAAGUCACAACGGCUCCAGAAGGCCAUGGUGAAAAUCAUCAACGACACGGUAUGUAACACGGUCACGGAGGGCCAAGUCACCUCCAGGAUGCUCUGCAGCGGAUUCCUGUCAGGAGGAGUCGACGCAUGCCAGGGAGACUCUGGAGGCCCCCUGGCGUGUUUCGAGGAGAGUGGGAAGUGGUUCCAGGCCGGCAUUGUGAGCUGGGGGGAAGGCUGCGCGCGUCGCAACAAGCCCGGCGUCUACUCGCGCGUCACCAAGCUGAUAGAGUGGAUCAAGAGAGAGACAAAGAUUUGAUGAUGUCGGUGGGAAUAGAGCGGGGAUCGACAUCAUAGUGCUGAGAAUAAUUGAGAUGGAAAUUUUUGAAUCCAAUUCAGGACAAGUCUCUCUAAGAUUUAUUAAUUUAGCAGCAGAGAGCGGAUUUUAUUGCACGGAUCCAACCCAUGAAUUACUUUCUUUCAGACUACCGUUUUUCUACUAAUGACACACACACACACACACACACCUACUGAACCUUUUUAACGAUUUUAAAAAGUUAAAUUGUAAACCAGAGAGAUGCUCUCAUCCUCUUGGGCAGCAGUAAAUGAUGCAUUUUGUCUUGUUUUCAUUCUGUACAGAACUAUGAAUUUUAGGUUGUAUUUUAAAGUACUAGAACUCAUUUUAGCCUCGAUGCAUGUAUAAAGUAGAGGGACAUGGUUCACUGGGAUGUCACUUAUUGGCCUGUGGACUGCAUCAAAUGGUCUGUAUUUUGGGCGUCCCCAGCCUUGUUUUUGGUUCUCGCCUUCUUGUUUUUUGUCGGUCGCCAUGUCUGCAUUUUACAACGUGAGUAGAAGACAACUCAAUGCUGAAUAAGACCAACAAUCCUUAAACUUCCAUACGUUGAAAACGCACUGUGAAAGGUUGGACUUCUAAGAGAAGAGGUCAGAGACCGGAUAAAGCCACGGUCGAGGCCUGUCAAUCAAUAGGAAGCCCCUUUUCUCCAUAACGUUUAUUAUUUUACUUUAAAUUGGAACAUAAUUAACUAAACAUCAUGCUGCUUUCACAAAGACUUGGUAAUUAUGACCAUAAACUCAAGUUUGCAAAGUUUACUUUGGGUCAUGUUCUCAUAGUUGAAUUGGCCCUAACGUCAGAGGUUUCACCACUCACCCUUUUUAACGUAGAAGCAUACAUAGUUUUUUUUGAUUGAUUUAAACAUUCAUCUUCCGAUCUGCCAGACAGCUGCUGGCCUCAAGUUCAAGUAUGAACUUUGAGACAUUAGCAUUAAGGUUGACAGGAAACUGAUGGCUUUUGCACACGUCUCACUCGUUAAACUCAGGGUAAUGUUGUCCUCAGUCACACUGAAGCAGUUUGCCUGAUCAAUGCAGUCGCUGUGAGAGUUUCAUAUGUAACCAACAACUCAACUUUUAUAUCUGACAUUUUACUUCGUCUUACACUGUCCAUAUUGUCCUGGAUAAGCAGACCAAUGAUUUGUGUAAAUGUUAUUUAUUGAAGUGGAUUUGUUCAAGAAAAUGCUCAGCAGACGUUCUCUUAUUAUGGAGCCUUAUCGUCAAACUAUUAGAGCUUGAAUGUGUAUUUUUCAUGAAUUGGGAAGAUGUCAACUUUUGGAUAAAUUGUAUUUUCAUGGGCAUUGUACAGUGUGGUUUUAAAUAUAUGGACAUAUUUUAAAAUCUUGUGUUUUUAAUACAAACGAGUUUCAGUAAUAAAGAUCUUUCAUCUAACUCCGCA